CUUUUUUCCAUUUCAUAAACCUUGUUAUCUACGAUUAAAAUCUCUUUUUCUUUUUCUUUGAUUUUCUGACAAUCUCAUGUAUCACAAUGGCUACAGGAAAGUCGAUGAAAAGUAUUGUAAUGAGAGCAAUAGUUGUUUUGUCUUUUAUGAUAGCUGCCAUUAUCAUGUUCAUAGCACAUGAAAAGGUCUGCAAUGCACAAUUCGCUACUGUUUCAGUCAAAUACCUUGAUUGGGAUGCUUUCUUGUUGUGUGUUGUUGUUGAUUGCAUUGGAUGCGUAUAUAAUUUAAUAGUCUUGCUAAUUCCCGGAGGCAGUCAACUAUGGAAAACAGUCAUCGUCCUAGACGUGAUUGUGGAUAUUGUAGUUGUUGGAAGCCUUGGAGCGGGUUGGCAAACAUAUUCAUUGGUAAAGAAAGGAAAUACAAAAGCAGCAUGGUGUUCAAUUUGCAGCGUUGUCCCAAUUUUCUGCAACAAAUUAUUAGCAUCUCUUAUCGUUUCCACUACUGCUUUUUUCUUUAGCAUUCUGCUUCUA